AUGGCGGCCGGCAUAACGGCAGAAGAUGCCGAGGAGCUCUGCGACCUGUCCAUGUUCCAGGGCCGGCUGUGCGUCGCCGCGUACAAAGUCGACAAGGCCUACCACUCGCCGCACAUGCAGAAGGUGGCGCCCGGCUUCCUCGACGCGCUCCGGCGCUGCAGGAUUCGGCCCCGACAAGGCGAGACGACGGGCGACGAUGCGACCGCGUGGCUCUCCAGCACCUACGAGGACACCGAGAUGCGCGGCGACAUGGACGGCGACCGGGAUCUCGCCGGCCCGUACUGGGUGAACAACCUGCUCCGACCCGUGCGUUUCACCCAGGCCGUCCGGGCUGCGGCUGCUUCUGCACAUGGACCGUUCGACUUCGCCAUCGAGGUCGGCCCCCAUGUAGCACUGAAGGGACCCGUCCUGGAGACGCUUCGGGAGAUCGCCAACGGAGACGGGGAGGCGGUGCCGUAG